CCCAUUUGUGAAGCUUUGUUGUUUCAUCCCCGCGCCUUGGAGCUGAUUUCGUGACAAUCCCACUCGCCUUUACACGUCCUUGUUUGCACACGAUUCUCUGGAUCUUUUCCUCUCUUCCACAGCAUCCCUGGUUGAAACUUUCUUUACCUGUUUGCAAUCCUGCUCUCCUCAAGCGUCUUCAAUAUGAACAGGAAAGCCUCUACGGGGGCUGGCGGAGGAAGCGGGGGAAGACCCAGGGGUGGAGGGACUCGUAAAGAUUUCCACGGCAGCCGUGAAUUCGCGGAUGUACAUCACGGAGGUUCACAGCAGCAGUAUAGCAGGGGCGGCAAGAGCAAAUGGGGACCUCCAUCUGGGCAGAUGGGCCACGCCCAAGCAUCGCGCGACCGUCCACUCCCAAAGGACAACACGGUGUCCGAGUCAUCUGCUGAAAUUCAACAUGCCAGACUUUUGUUCAUCCUCGCGAACAUGAUUGGCACGAAAGUCGAGGUCAAGGUCCGCAAUGGCACAGUAUACGAAGGCAUUUAUAGCGCAUCGCCCACGAGUAAGGAUUUGGGAGUCCUACUCAAGAUGGCAAUCAAAAAAACGUCCGAUGGCUCCGAGGGCGUCACCAUAAAAAACCUGAUCAUUAUGCCUAAAGACGUGUGUAGUAUCAGUGCCCGCCCGUUGGAUCUGUCGAUUACUCAGAAAGCUUCCGGAGAGCGAGAAGUCCAAACCGAUACGACGAUCAGUGGACAUUCGGGGCUUGUCAGGGAGAGACAUCUUCAGAAGUGGGCUCCGGAUACUGGGGCGGACGCAGCCAUCGGACUUGAAGAUGAAGUUGGCCAUGCUGGCGAGUGGGAUCAGUUUGCCACAAACGAGAAGCUUUUCGGCGUCACAACGGACUUUGAUGAGCAUCUGUACACCACGACUGUAGAUAAGUCUGAUCCCAAUUUUAAGCGCCGCGAGGCUGAGGCGAUUCGAUUGGCACGAGAAAUCGAAAGGGGCCCCGUCAAUAACCCUCAUAUUGCCGAGGAACGUGGUUUAGAUAUAAGCACGGCAAAUGUCGAUGAGGAGGAAAGGUAUUCGUCCGUCAUUCGGCAGCCUGGCAAAUACAUUCCUCCUGGAGCACGCAAGGCUGCGGCAAGCACUGGGAAGGCUGAGCAGCCAAAGGAAGGAAAGCGUAAUGAAGCAUCCUCCAGUGUAACAACGCGAGAGACGUCCUCCACAAAGGAUGUGAAGAAAAGGGAACCUGUCGCCAAGGAGAUAUCCACAAUACCGGCAAAAAUAUCUCAACAGGACGCAAAUAAGAAUGCUGGAAAACAACAGCAAAAGGAAGCGAUGUUGUCGGAAAGUACUGAGCAACGACAGUCACCGCUCAGAAAGCAUGGGGCAAGCGCUGCGGCGCUUACGAAACUGGCGCAGAAGAAGGGGGCAGGAAAUGCGGAUUUACCCGAAAUGCCUCCCAAUCCCGUCGAAGCCGCCCACAUUGCCAAACUUUUCAAGGACUUCGCUGUUGGUGAGAAGGAAAUGCUGAUGCAGCGGAAGCAAGUGUUAAUGAAGCAAGAAAAGGAUCAAAUUGUUGAAGAAUUCAAAACAUUCAGUAAAUCUUUCAAGCUGAAGACCCCAAUGCCGGAAGACUUACAAGAGAUUCUGCACAAGAGCGGAGAGAAGGAAUCCCCCAAACUUCCUCAAGCUAAAUUGGAGACCUCAAAGGAGGAUACAGAUUCUCGACCCAGCAAAAUGGAAAAUAAAGCAGUUACCACGAAAGACGAUGCAACCCGCACGCAAUCGUCCGGACGCGGCACGUCACCUGCAUCAGCUGAAACGGAGAGAGGCUCAACCCUUAAGGCAGCAUCAGAAGAUGGAAAAGAUAAUGUCGCACCCACAAAACUGGAAUCUGGAUCAGAUACGGCUCCCCCUCCUGCUACUACAAAGAGUGAAUUCAAGUUCAACGUGGCAGCCCUCGAGUUUACCCCAUCUUCCGCUCCCGCGGCCGCCACCCCGGUGACCCAGCAUAAGUCACCUCAACAUGGAGAGAAGUCGCCCUAUUUUGGCGGUAAGCGCACUGGAAAGAAUCAAGGCAGUUACCAAGGAAAGCAACAAUACGGAAAGGGUUUCCAGAAAAACAAUGGCUCGCCGAAGCCUGGGCAUUAUGUUCCUCAGUAUGGAGAAGAAAUGUACCCACAAGGGGUGGAACCUCAACAAUACUUCCCAUACCCAGUUCCACCUUAUCAGUAUCGGCCAAUGAUUGGCAGGCCUUUUGUUCCAGGCAUGCCAGGUAUGAGCAUGCCUCCUGGGGCUACUUUUAUAAUGCCGGUUCCUCAAGGGCAGUUUCCGCCCGGCUUUGUCGCUCCUGUACCACACGCCCCGGUUUAUCCUCCACAAUUUGUGCCUCCGCCCCCCAACGCUAACAUGAGAAUGUACCAAAAAGGACAGCCAGGGAAUUUCGUCGGUGACGAAAAUGGUGGGCACUUUCGACCGGACGGCUACCAAUCGCGCCCGGUCGCAUCAUCACCAGUACCUGCUGCAUUCAUGGGCAGCCCACCACCGAUAUACCAAACUGCGCCGAUGAUGCCCGGAUAUCCUCCCGAAAUGAUACCGCAUUUCCAGCAGCCAAUGAUGAUCCCAGCCCCACCACAUGGGCAGGUUUGGGCUCCUGAACAGAUUCCUCCAGAGAUUCCCACUCCGGAGCCUGAGCAACCUCCUGCCACGGACGCUUGAUUUUUAUUUGUUUUUUUUUUUUUCAUUUGAUUUCUCAAUCUUCCAAGAGAUAGCAGUGCUCGUGGGAAUCAAUAAAAUAGGAAGAAACAUACUCUUGGUCUCAAUUUCAGCUAGCGAGACUCAUAAUUAUGCAGAAACUGCACGCCAUGCACAGAUAUGGUGUUCCUGAUACUCUAUAGAUGGCCAAGGUGAUCAUUCGGUCUCAAUAAACUAGGAGCACGCUGAACCUGGGAUAAGGGACAAGUGCCGCGGGCAAACGCUGUAAAUGAAAUCCUUU